AAUCCACGAUACACGACUUGUAAAGUCAGUGGCAAACAGCCAAAUGCCUGGCUCGUCAGUAAUCCUAUCGCAGUACCAAGCGCAAUAGAAGAGAUCGAUUUCACAAUUGUGUUCAAUACAAGGAACUGUACAGCACUUGGCGGAGAUAAUUUUUGUAAAGAAUAUUUCGACUUUUAUAUCCAUCAGUCUAUGACUCCAAUUGCACCUGACCCUUUACGGAACAAUGUUACCUAUGAAAAAAUUGCUGAAAUAACUGCACCGAUCCUUAGCCUGUCUGCCAGGAUAACAAAUACUUCUGGGGUUAAAGUAAGAGGAAAAUACAUCGUUCUGGCCUUUCAUGAUCAAGGUUCAUGUAGCUCUAUUCAUUCUGUCACCGUUAGUUAUUACCUUUGCCCAGAAUUUACUGUUGUAAGUGGCUUAGUGUCCUUACCACGAUUUACGGCUCCAGCAAACAAUGCUGAGCUAGUAGUGGGUACCUGCGUGGCAAAUGCCGUCUACUAUCAAGGUAACAUAACUGCGGCCUGCCGAAGCGAUGGCGUUUGGAACAUCAGUUCACUUAAGGGAAGAUGUGUAUGCAAGGAGGACAUGGAAAAUAAUGAAGGAGAAUGCAAAGGUACAUAACUUGAAAAUUCAUGACCAAAAAGGAGCAAAAAUUACUAGGAUUUCUCCUUUUAACUCUCGUGGUCUUUUGAAAAGUGACUUGUUUACGAUAAUAAUGACAAAAAGAUUGCUUUCAUUUAUGAUAUUGGCUUUGCUUACGUCAUUGGAUACUGCAUAAAGAAUACUUUAAACGCUUGUGUAAAGUUUACUUAUAUUGACGAAGGCUUCAUUAAUAAAUUCGUCUUAUUCUCCACCUCAGGUUGCCCAGAUGGAAAAUACAACGACCAAAAAGGCUUUAACUGCACUGGUAAGGAUGUUAUAAGAUGUUGUAAGCCUGUUUUUCGUUUAUUUUUGCUGUUGAAGAGUACAAUAAGUACACGAAUCAGUAAUUACACUUUCUGCUAACUGAAAAAUUGCGACAAAAAAUUAAAUCCUUUACUUUUGUAAAAUUAAGGAUACGGUAGACCUUCGAGGGCCAAUUGUUUUUUACCAAGCAUUAUGAUUUUAACUGUAGUUUCCAAGAAAAUUUAGCUGAAAUAUUGAAACGAGUGCGAGAUAUUUCCUCACUGAAUUCUUUAGCCCGCCAAAGAGCGAUUAGCCAAUUAUGACAUGUCAACCGAAAUGAUUCAGCAAACAUGAGUCUCGUAGGGUAUCUUGCGACUAAACAUCAUGGUCCUUGAAUUUCAAUCGCGUAAGCAUCUCCUGAUCUCGGUUGCUCGUGGAGAUCUUUGUGUUAAAAACAAGAACGUGAAUGGAGAAUGGUACAAACAAACGCACGAUUCCGACACGAGGAUUCCUAUAAUAUUUAAUAAUUCUGAAAAACAAAGAUAACUACAAUCUGGUAUAAAGGGGGUAAGUUUUUAAAGACACGUCGGUGGGAAAGUAUAACUAGGUAAGUUUGGUUUUAUCAACGGAGAUGAUAAUUGUACCUGAAGGGUAGAUCCUCGUGCAUAAGGUAGAGUUAGACCUUAAAUGUCGUAUGGCUAAUCUGACCACGUGUCGAUACGAAAAUAGAGAACAAGUUAUGAAUUAAAGAGAAAUGCGAGCAAGUUAUAUAGUGAAAUGGGAGCGCGUUUCAACUAAAGUCUUGCCUGAUUCAAUUAUAGAAUAAUCAGUAAAAUAAUAUAUAUCAAUUGGUCGUUUAAAACAGAAAAAGAUAAUAAGAGAAAAGAGUCCAUAAGUGAAAGUAAAAAGAAAGCCUGGCUUCCAAACAAGAAGGAUUGAAAUGAAUGAGUUGCCAGCAGUAUGAUCCUUGUGUUUGCGCAAAGAUUUCUGGGAUCGCAACGCGGCAAACAUUUCAAGUUGCUACAAGAAAACAUAUGGCAGAAGAUUGUUUCGCUAUCAAAAUAAACGAUUUUGGAGAGAGAGAUCAUCGCCUUUUCGCCGCUGUUUUAUCAUGAAUCGAUUUAGGUAAUGUUCAUACUCACCAAAAACCUUACGCUAGGAGAGAAGGUUAUCGGUAUGUGUAAUAACUUAUUUCGUGGUUAUAUUAAAACUGAAACUUCCGCUUUCCUCGUAUCAACAUUAUCUUAAUCAAUUACCAAUAAACCAGCAGCUAAAAAGCGUUGAUCUCUUUCCAAAAUCGGUUUCUUGGACGUCGAAACAACAAGCCAUGUAUUUCCUCUAGCAACUUGUUUGCCCCUUGGCGAUCCCAGAGAUCACUGAGCAAACACAAGGAUCCGAUCACUGGCAACUCAUUCAUUGUGCAAACUUUCACUUGUGCGGUCAAAUUUGACAUGCGAUUGAUUUGCUCAAAGAAACAUCUUCCAUUUGGAGUUGUUGCUCCCCAUUCGGUUUACGAUAAGAUUCAGCUAAAAAGGAAAUAAUUUUUGCCGAAUUGCGCAUUUCAGAAAUUUAUAACCUUUCCAAAGAUAUAUAGUUUAUGGCGGUCAUGUUUCAAUAAGCACGUUAAGAAAAAAUUUUUGCGAAGGAUACCCGCGAAGGUUUACCGCAUCCUUAAAGAAUCCUAAAAUUGGCGAAUAUUUUUUUAAAUAUUUUUUUUAAUACUGCUCAACCGACGUACAUUGAAGGUGUUGAAAUAUUUUUAAGAACAUAUGAGUUAAUGGUAUGCACUGCUUUUUUCUUCAAAAGCUUAACUAUAUUUAUACUUAAAUUAGAAAACUUACAGUCCCCCAACAGAAAUAAAGGACACCGUUUGUUUUCAUUAGAUCUUCUUAUAAGUACGUGUUUGUUCAGUCAUACCAUCAGGUCCACAAAAUGUCAAAGUUAUCUUCGUUAACCAAAGCGCGUUGGAGUUAAAAUGGGAGCCUAGUGCAGUAACCGGUGAUCAGAACAAGGUGUUUUAUGACGUCGACUGCCGUAAGCCAUGUGAAGGUGAAAAUGACAACAAGUGCAUAGAUAGAGCUUGCGGGAGUGACGUCAUUUUCAUACCGAGAAAGGAUGGCUUGAACGUUGCUCACGUUAUUGUUGGAAAUUUAUUUCCAUUUAUAAAGUACACCAUGAAAAUCUACGCCAAAAACCGAGUGAGCGAUUUGGCGAAAAGAAAAUAUGGAAUUGAGGCAAACUUCAUGGAAAUAACUGUAAGGACAAACAGAUCAGGUUAGUGCCGGUUCGUGUACUGAAUAGAAUAUUAUACAAAUUCCUGUCGGUAUGCUUCUCUCUCUCACACUGUGCUCAGGUACGGUCGCAUACAACUAUAUGUAUUAAUGUGUCUUUUUCAUUAAGUUUGGUUUAAAACUUGGUCUCAAUAUGAGGGUUUAUAACAUCGUCCUAAAAUUCACAUUUUUUUUAACUGGCUCUUUAAUCACUUAGCAGUGAUAAGACGAAAUCAGACACUAGGAGAUUUUACUAAAACAAGGCAACUAUAUAGUUUGUCUUCUGUGACCUUGCUGCUUGAAAAUUUGACCAAUCAUGCCCCAAAUCUUAAUUUGUCAUAGUCUUGUUAAUGCCGAAUCAUCAUUUCCAAGACGAACAAUUUCAACUGUUUUCCUAACUUUAACUAGAUGAUCUAGUUCUUCCACAAGGCUCACUACGACCAUAAGACCCGCAGCGAGACAGGAUCGAUACCUUUUUUUAGUUAUUGAUACAGCGCAGAGUAUUAAGAUCGCAUCAGAGUUGAUUACCUUAUUGUUAUAUAUUUUGACCGGGCUUAGUUUCGCGAUUGUCGAAAAAAUCGCAGAAUUAAAGACCAGUUAAAAAAUAUUCGCAAAAAUUAAUCACAUCAAAUUAAAUAUUCUUGACAAGCCGUAAGGGAAAGCACUACGUUGCCAAAAGAUUGGAGAAAGCAGGAGUUGCUAGGGUAGUAAAGGGCGAGUGAGCUCUUCCUCCCGAGGAUCUAUUCGAAUAUACUUUUGUAUAGCUCUGCUUUAUGGAAAGGAACAUGUCAAAUUGUUUUCAGUUUCGUAUGUUAUAAUAUGGUUUUGUCAUUGGAAACUAUUUUAAAGGAAGAUAAAAAUCAGUUUUGCCAAUUCUGAGACCCUUCAUUUAUGCGAAAUAAAGUUUUUGCGAAAAUAAGUAGCAAACAGCGAAUGACCGAAUUUUAAGAUGGCGUAUUCAUCUCUGUUGAACAACUAGUUCCAGGUAAACCGGAAGUGUUUGUUGAACAACCGGAAACGGCUGUUGUUGUAUCUUGGACAAUUGAGGAUAUGAACGGUGUCCUUAAAGAGUACCACGUGACUUAUAUAAGAGAAGAUGAUUUGUCAGAAACCCAGACUCUUGCUACCAAGAAAAUGGAAGCACAGUUUGAUUUAGAGGCGGGAAAAACUUACGAAUUUCAGGUAGACAUAAUUUUUAAUUUAGUUUAAGUUAGUUUAAAAUUGUAAAAAGAAUCGCAGGGAAUAUAAGUAUGAAAAGAAAAGUUCAAUCAUCGCAUUGAAUAAUAGAAAGUUACUUGAUUAAAUUAGUAUAAGUUUAGUGCGCCAAAAAAUGGCAUUCAGCUAGGAUUCAGAUGGUGAACGUCGAAUUGCAAUCAGUAGUGCUAAAGCUUAUAGAAUUAAAAAAGUAACUUAAACUCAAGGUUUUUCAUAUUUUAAGUGUUUUGGUACAAUAAUGAUACUCUUCAGGUGAAAUGUUAGCGGCAGUGAAAAACAUGGUUGAAAAAGAAAGUUCAUCGGGUGUAAUGCUUCUUGUUCUAGCGACUUUUAUUAGCAGUAACGAAAAAGUUGUAGAACUGUAAUAUUAGCUAGGGAUAAACUGCUGGUGGUUUCAACGGGAUGAUAAUUUGCACCCUUACCUACACAGGAAUAUUCCUCAAGUUUAACAACAUUCGCAGUCGCCAAUUUUUUUCUCUUGAGGAAGAAACCUCUUAGUGGACUUUUCGAUUUCUUCUCCUCAGGUAUUUGCUAUAAACGACGUUGGUAGGGGUCCUGCUGGUGUGAAGACGUUCACACUAAGAGAAGGUUAGUUUGUAUAUCGUUGAUUUACCAAUCUACCCAUAAGACUGACAUAAUUGCUAGCUUACAGUGACACUGACCAAACCUAGGUAAAAAUCACUGUGAGAAGGCUUUGCCCGACAGGCUGUUUUUUCAGUUUAUUAGACGAAAGCAUUAAAACGAGAGUGCCUGCGUAGACAAACGUUAAUAUACUAUGGAAUAAUAAACUGACAAGACCACUGAUUUAUGGGUCAGGAUGACGAGGACAAACAAAUAUACCAAAAGAAAAACUUUUCAUAUACGGCAUGACAGAAAAGUAAUUUCUAGUCUGAUUUAGUCAGCUUUACUGUAAUAAAUGAAACAUUCCUCCCCUUCACUCAACAGAACCCGAUGUGACCAUGUAUCUCAAAAUCAUCCAUGGGUUGGUUGGUUCAUUGGUACUUUGCAUUUUGUCUUUUGCAUGUUACAUCAUCUACAACAGGUAAGUGUGGGAACACUAAUGAAACUAAACACGAGGUUACUAUUCCUGUAUAGUACCACUCUUCGCAGGAUUUCAAGGACUACUAUUGGCUAAAGGGAUGUUCAACAAGUUCAACAAGCAUCUGUAGACUGAGUUUUAAUUAUGAUGGUACUGACGCGUCUAUAUUGUGGCUUAAAAGAUUGUUGAUGCUUUGUUUCUUCUAAGCUUUACUUGCAACGAAUUUAAUUUGAUGCUAUUUUUUGUUAGAUGGAACCGUCGAAGAAAUGCAAACCGUGAGAAAAUUCCUAAAACAACAGAAACCAGUGUUUUGAUUCAUGAGGGUAAGUUGCAAUAUUAUGUCAUUAAAAGAGAAAAUAUGGGGACUUUGUCAUUUUGAACUAAAUUGAUCAACUAAUGCAGUGUCACUGUAUAUCAUUUGCUGACGUUUCACUUGAUAGGAAAUUGUCGGCGUGUUUAAUGCAAACGUCGUUUGUUCCAUUCAAUCUGCUUAGAUAGCAAAGUCAAAUUCAGAGAAAGAAAAAAACAACAACCAAAAAUAGGAAAAAAUUGUAAACAGUACGGAAGUCUCCACAUUGUCGUUUUAUAUCUCUUCAUAUUUGACUCAAGCACAUUUGCGAGAUAAAACUAGGCUGCUUUUGCGGGGACUACAGAUUUAAACUUUAAUCACCCAUCCUAUUUAUGCUGUGUAUGUACUAUCGUUAAUUGUUAUCACUAACAACUUUACAUAGACGCGGCAAUGAGUUUUGCAGCUGAACGGCAAAAAGUGGAUCCCUUUAGACUUGACCGAGAUCAAAUAACAACAGUAAAGGUGCUUGGGAGUGGCAACUUUGGUCAAGUGUCCAAAGCAGUCUAUAAACCUUUAAAUUCCGAAGUGGCUGUUAAGUCAUUGAAAGGUACUCUUGAUUUUUCAAACGCAUUGUUACAUCGCCUCAUGAAAGACGACAAAAUUUAUUGAAUUCAAGCCUAACUUAUUAAAUGCCUUUCUACUAUCUUAUCUUACGAACUCAUAAAUUCAUUCUCGUUCAAAAACCAGGAAAAAAAGCUAUUAUAAUAUUAGGUUGAGAAUGUAAUAUCGUUUUCUUUGAAACUCACGGUAAUUGUUAGCAUUUGAAUCUUUACCAAUUUUCCAGGCGAUGCCCAAAAGAAAGACUUACAAGACAUGCUGACUGAGUUAGAUCUCAUGAAAACCUUGAGGCCUCAUCCCCAUGUUGUUGAGCUCAUUGGCUGUUGUAUUGAAAAAGGUACUGGAAAUUAUGAUUAGUUGUAAUUUCUGAUUUCUUGCUGACAACCUAAUUUAAUAAUUCACUUAAAGGCUUAUUAGAUUGACUGAUUCAGCACCGUUACAUACUUCUAGAUCCACUCCUCAUAGUGUUGGAGUAUUUGCCAUACGGUGAUCUGUUGGGAUAUUUGCGCAAGAGCAGAGGGAUCGAGGAUACUUAUAACACAGGAGAAAAGAGACCAAGCUCAACACUUACAGAUAAGGAACUCUUGUCCUUUGCAUGGAUGAUCGCUGAUGGUAUGAGCUAUUUGUCAACAAUGAAGGUAACCAUACCACACCUAUUCCGUUAAAGCAUCUAAAAUCUCAUUACGCCUUAAGGUCAUGUGUGACAUGGGAGUGAUGUGUUGUAUAAAAAAAAAAUUACAGUGCAACUUUCUGAUAUCGUCCUAAGAGGAAUGGUUUCGAAUCACCUCUUAGUCUUUUAUGCCUGUUGCCGUUCUUAGAUAGGCUGCAGUACCUACUAAAACAAUUGAUAUAAAGCAAGAUGCAAAUGCGCUUUUCUGAAACUAUCUCGGGGUAUCAAGCAUGAGUUAUUGUGCUGUGUUUCAGAUUGUUCAUCGUGAUUUAGCAGCUCGCAACGUGUUAGUUGGGGACAACAAAGUGUGCAAGAUUUCAGACCUUGGUUUAGCGCGUGGUUUGGAGGGAGAUAUUUACACGAGAAAAACUAAGGUGAUUAACAAUAAUAUCUCAAUAUAACUACAAAGUUUUGCGCCAACGAUCCUUAUUUUUUCACUUGUUUAUUUACUAACUAAUGAAAAAGUUGUUUAGAACUUUCAGUUGUCUUUUUUUUUUUUAAAUCAUAUUUAAGGUUUAUAUGAUUAUUCUUUUCAAGGCUCGUCUUCCAGCCAAGUGGAUGCCCCCAGAAUCUCUCUUGUAUGGCAGAUCUACAACUAUGAGCGACGUGUAGGUUGUUUCAAUUUAAUGGCAUUGCUAGUCAUUUCUAGGGGAAACUUAAAAACUGCGCGUUCAGCCAAUAGAAAUAAAUAACUGAUAAGGAAAAAAGCUCUUACCCUGCACUUGAACAGUAUCAUCAGGGGAGUUAGAGCAGUUUUCAAUUUUUUGACGAGAGUUACCAGGUGUAACUUUGGUUUUCUUUUCUCUGUGCUUGGUCUUAAGAGGUCGCGUGCCACUUUCUAAACAAAAAAAUUCCAAACCAAAACUAAUCGCGACUUGUUAACUCGUGUUUUCCUACCCUUCAGGUAGUUUGGUUUUCUCACUUUAAGUUCUCCUGGCUCCAUGUGACAUGUCUCUUGGCACUGAUUUGCUGUUAUGAUUACUUCGUUUUUCGUUUUACGACAGUCAAUGAAAAUAAAAAACAAAAAAAAUAAAAGAAUGUGCUGAAGAGAAUUGCUUCUGCCUUUUUGUCUUAAACAGAUGGUCAUACGGCAUAGUGAUGUGGGAGGUCUUUACCAUUGGUAUGUGGAUAUUUGUGAAGAAGAAUUCUAAGGCUACUUAAAAACACUGCACCGCGUUGUUUCGCACCAUCUCGCUACCGUCUUGAUCCCUGACUGAUUUUGCACUUUCUUUUACAUCAAGACAAAUAAUCACUACUGAUGCAAAUAACGACGGAAUUGUUUUAUCAGUGAAUCCAUAAAUCGGCUCGGGCAUUAUCGCCGCAGUGGGUUCCAUAUAUAAUCGUCAGGAUUGCGUGUGAAAGUACACGGUCAUAAAAACAUAAAUUUCUUUAGUAUAGAACUAGUUAUGAGGAAAAGUGAGAAUCACCAUGAUCAGUAGAUUCUAUUGGCCUGAUCGCCUGAGGAACUUUUCGAUAGAAAGUGUGCUAUAUCUCAUGAGCAGUGCAGUUUUGUUGUUUUGCGACGUAUGAUCAUGUGGAAACCAGGGAGCCUCUCAUUCGUAUAUACAAAAAGAAAAAAUUGCAGAAAAUGUUAUAUGAAAAAGAACUGUCUGGGUCAUUUGCUUCCUUGUAUCAGUAAAUAAAGCGGAGGAUUUCCAACUUAAGGAGGACUCUCCCGGCUAUAAACCAGUGCCAUUGAUGGUACAAUGUAUGUGUACUUCAACAACUAGUCUGUUAUAUUUUCAGGUGGAUCACCAUAUCCGGGAGUAAAAUCAAGAGAAAUUGCUGGCCUACUACAGACAGGAUACCGUAUGCCUAAGCCACCUCACAUCUCACAAGAUCUGUGAGUAGUUAAAAGCUCUUUCAUUACACCAAUUGAAAUUAGUAUUUCGACAAACGUCACUCAUAAUAACUAGGUAUUUCACAUUUCACUUUCAAACCACAGAGAAAAAGACAAACCGUGAAUUGAAGGUAUCUUGAGAAAAAUAUGAAUGUGAUUCUUAUUUCAGGUAUUCCAUCAUGACCAAAUGUUGGGAAGAGCAACCUGAAAGGCGACCAACAUUUCUGUGGCUCUGCUCGGCGGUCAAACGAUUAUUGGAUGAUUAUAAGGUUUGUCUGUCGGUCGUCCUUGAACAUGUCCUAUUUUGCUUUUUUUUGCUUGUUUGUGCUAUAAACUACUCAAGUUAGAAGAGUUUGGGAGCCACUGAAAUGAGAAAUGUUCUGUGUGGGAAUUGUUUAGGACUGCUAGAUAUGUUAAAAUCCUCAUAAAAGUCUUGCAAGCCUUUUUUUAUGUGCAACAAGACCUCACAUAUAUUUUUACCUUUUGAGCGAUGUGUCCUUGACUGUUAUAGUAGGGCUUAAUUCUCGUACAAUAAUCGUCAUCGCUAGGCGUGUUUGGGUCUGUCCUUGAUCUUGCUCACAACCCUCUAAGGGAUGUUUUUUCUACGUUUUAGAAGUUCUCAAAGAUUGGUUGUUUUCAAGUACUUUUUUGUCCAUUUCGAAUGUCUUCUGAAAUUUUUUUGGUUAGCGGUCUAAAAGGUCAUCUGCUUGUUCCGUAAGCCCAAACAUGCCUACCGAUAGCAUAUUUAAGAGCCUGUACUGAAGGCUGAAUAAGGGAGAAACAGAGACAGACACAGACACAGACACAGAGACAAAAAUACUCGGAUACUCAAAUGUUCCUAAUCAGACUCUUGGUACCUAUGUUUGCGCGAGGUGCUCAAGUCAGCUGACCCCAACAGUCCAAAAUGUUUAUUCUGCUUAGUAUUGUUUCUGUUUUUAUUUUUUUUGAGGACAUCUUUCUUUUCGAACUUUCGUUCCAGCAACAUUCUACUUGGAACUAAAAGUUUGCAACCAUAGAAGUAUAAGGGUAUUUUGGGACAAAAAAAAAGUGGAAGGGGAGGGCGGAAAUGGCAAUGAUUGUUGCGUUUUGGGAAAGAAUACGAGAAGUCAUACACUUUCAAUCAAGUAGUUCGGUUUUUUUGUUUUUCUUUUGUUUUUGUUUUGAUAAUGUCAACUCAGCGAGCUCGCCUUUUUCAACUGGUGGCUGAAACACAAUACGGUGCAAAUUUAAAAAAAAGAGGCCACAGAUACGCGAAAACAAAACUAAGCAAACCCGAAAAGCACGAACAAAGAUUAUCCAGGCGCCUUUACAACUCUCAUCUAUCUUAUCUGUUCUCUAGACAUAUGUGAACUUGGAAGUCUACGAAGGCGAUAACUACAUCAACUUUGAUGUGAUAACGAACAAAGAGUGAUAAAAGAUGUCCAAUUUUUACCAUAAAGACGGGAGCGUGGACGCCCGGUGCCUAGUUUGAAUUAGCGUAAUCCUUAUCCUUCAUCUUCGAUUCCCUGUGGCAAAUCAAAUAGGAUAAGAUAAUGUUACAAAUACUAUAUCGUGAACUAAACACAGUUUUUCUCGACAUACCACAAACCUUAUGUAAGCUUCUAAAUCGGUAUUAUAUGUAAAAUGAAGAACCUUUCUUUAAUGUGAGGUUCCUCCUGGAACCUGCUUGGUUAGAUACGUAUUGUAGUAGCUAGUUGUAUCAAGAUUCAAAAUGGCAGGGUAUAUAGUUGAAUUUAGCUUUAAAAUAGAAGAAGUAACGACAAUGUUUGAGCACAUAUUCUUAUAAGUAUGCAAUAUCAAAGUGUGCAUUAUUAUUAAUAAAUUUUGAUCGAAAUACUGCAGUUUUGAAAGAUUGCGCUUAAAGUCUCAUGAAGAUGUCAACGUAGUGUCGCAACAUUCUUAAUCUAUGUUUGUUCCUAGCAUUUUAAUUACAGACGCAGAGCUAAUUCUGCUGCUACAUUAACUUCUAGAACGGUCUUUGUGAUUAUCAAAUCAAAUCGUCACUAUUUUGUUCUCGAAAAUUCUUGAUCUGUUAGGAGAUUUGAAGAAACAUCACUGGAAUUUAGAUGCCUUCAAAAGCCCUAAGGCCGUAAGCACGUCAUGUUGAGUAAUUUUUGGGCCGUAACAUGAGAACCUUUGUUGCAUAUGGAGCUUAACAUUUUAGUGUUUAAUGAUCGAAUGCUGGCAUCAAGACAAAACCAAACGGCCUAAUUUUUCAGAUAUUGUCAAUCGCCUGGAUGAACUAAUUCGAUCCCCAGAAUUCCUGAAGGGUGAUUCAUCCUCUCUCCCAGAGGUAAGUUUCCAUCUUAUUAUAACAGAAUGUACUUUUUUGUCAAGGAAGGUAGCCAAGGAUCAUUAAUAAAGACCACUUUUUUUUUUUGUCUUUUUUUAAAAAAAUCUAAGAAUCUAUCUGAUUUUGUUCUUUUCAAUAUCUCUCCAUCAACCUUCUUACCGAAAAAAAAGGCCUUGAAAUUCUUCCAAAUAGUCCUCUCUUGAUUUUUGUUUAGCUGACAUCAGAACAGUUGAAUGUUUUGUAUCUUAACGAGGUGCAUUCGAAAUAUCCGAGGACUCGGAAGAAAAGGCUGAAAACUGCAGUAGGCCCGAAAGCUCAUGACAUUCCAUUCCAAAAGCAAAUGAAAACCCGCUCAAAAGAUUCUACGUUGCAAAAAAUGAAAUGAAGUGAAAAAGUUUAAAAAAAGGAAAGGUCAAGGCAUUUUUAGUCCUUGAUUAAAAACACUCCCUUAAGAAAUCCUUACUGAUUUAUUCAUGCAUUAUUUCAGUCCUAAAGCAAACCGUACCCCAGAAUUCCAGUCAGUAGACGAGUGGCUACAACACAUCAAUAAGGGGAAGUAUUCCGAAUUAUUCCGUGACGCACGGAUCGAUGAUAUGAACAAAGUCGCUGAGCUGAAGGAAAAACAAUGGAGAGAAAUGGGUAUCAGCUUGGUUAGGCAUCGAAAUAAAAUGCAAAAGAGUAUAAAUGCCAUGAAAUCACAACAUUAUAACAGUGGCAUGGAUGCAGAUUAG